UUUACAUUCCAAAAACCCUACCCCAUCCCUCAACUCUAAACCCUAAGUUUAGAUUAGUUAACCCUAAGAGUAUAAUUGUAUUUUACCCUUCAUUAAAAAUGAAGGUAAAAGUGGUUAGUGUAAACAUGAAAAUGGUACUAUGAAUGUGGUAUUUGUGACAAUUUCCCUCUAUUUUAAUAUAUAAGAUACUCUUGACGAAACAUCUAUCAAAAUCCUAGCCUUCUACGCAAGCCACCUCUUAGUUUACCGGAAAUGGGUAAUAUUCUCCGGAUUAAUCCCCUUUCAGCUCUACUAGUGUGUGAAUGGAAACAUGCAAAAGUGCGGUUUUCUAAGUGUGGUUUUCAAAUACGCAUUUAGGAUCUGAAUGGUAACUGCGGAUUUGAUAAAAUAAACGGUGUGGAAUUAAAGUGCGGUACGGUCCAACUGCGGUUUGUGAGACAAGUGCCGUUUUGAUAGAAAAAUAGUGCGGUUUUGGUAGAUAAGUAGUGUGGUUUUGUAGAAAAAUAAAGUAAAAUAAAAUAUAUUUAAGAUAAUUACAAUUAAAUUUGUUUGCUUAGUGAUAAAUACAAAAUUCUAAAAAUAAUUUUAAUAAAAAACUGAUUGUAAUUUAUGUAUUUUAUAUAAAUUAUUUAUUAAAAUACUGUUACUAAUUUUUUUUCCUAUUAUAAAUAAAUAAAAUUUACUUUAUUUUAUAUGAUGCACAAUCAUACUAAAAAAUAAAGAAUAAUUUCAAUUUUACUACAAAUUUUAUACGAUAAAUUUGAUACCACUUUUCAAAUUUACUUUUUAGAGAUGACUAUUUUCAUAAAUACCUUAAUUUUGGAAAAACUAAAAACUAAAAUAACAUUUCUAAAUAAUUUAUAAAAUAUUUAUAAAAAAUUUAUUUAGCUAACACCACCCUCUAAAAAUAGUUUUCUUUUGUAUAAAAAUAGUUUUUUUUAUUAAACUAAAAUUAAAGUUUACUUAUAAAUAUUUAUAAAACCAAUCAGUUUUCUUUUGUAUAAAAAUAGAACCAGAGUCUGUUUAUAUAUUUUAUGUUUUGUAAUAAAUAGGAAUAUUUAAAUUAAAUAAUAAUAUAGUCUAGUGGGAAAAUGCACGUAGAUCUAUGUGUUUAUAAUUAUUUAAUUGAAUACAAUUCUUAUUAUACUGUAUAUUUAUUAUUAAAAUAAAAUAAACUGCUAGUGUUAGUGCGUUAUUCAUGUGAACCGCUAGUUAUAUGCAGCUAAAAAUUUUAAGUGUGUUUUUCUAAUUAGUAGACUAUUUUGGACAUGAUAAAAUCACCUGCGUUUUUGUAUUUUCCCUUUCCAAAUACUGUACCUUUUUAAAUUGAUUGGGUGGUGACUGAAUAGCGGUUUUACAAAUUCCGCUCUGAAAACCGCGAAUAGAAGGUCGCCAUUCAUUAUCUUAAACACCAAUCAUAACUAAAACUAAAAGCGGGACGUAUUUGGUUCAAUAACGCUUUUGUAAAUUGUAAUACCGCAUAAAAAUUAUUUUUUUGUUUGUUCUACAUUUUACAAUAAUAACACACUUAGCAUAGGUUAGCUCCAAUUAUAAUGCGGUAUUUGACAUAGAUGUGCAUUUUUACUUUUAGGUAUUUAUUUAUUAUUUAAUUUAACUAUUUAAUUAUUUGCUCAUUUAAUAACAACUGCAGUCAUAUAAAUAAUUAUACUAAUUCUAAUUAAUAUAGUUAUGCAGUUGAAAUAAAUAAAUCAGAUUAUAUAUUUUUAUUUCCAAAACACUUCAUCAAACCAAAAUGAAUGUAUAUCUAAAUAUCAAAAAUAAAAUUUUCUUUAUUUAAAAUUAGGGCUGGACAAAAAACACCGCCUAACAUAAUUCGAACCAAUCCGAACCCAACAUAAAUACUGAAUGGAUCCUGUUUUACGGUAUUUUAUAGGUUUUAUCUAAAUCGAAUCCGAACCCAAAUGGAUAUCCGUAAAAACUUAAAAGUUCAAAAUUCCCAAAAAAACUUGUAUCAAACCGCAUCACAAUCUGUACCAAACCACAUCACAAUCUGUCGAACCCUAAUUGGUUUAUCUAUCCAGUUACAUAUUAUGGUAAAAACUAUAUUUGAGUUAAUUCAAUAAAUGGUUAAUUAAAUUAGGUAAAACUAGUGAGUCAGUUCAAUUUUUAAUUACAAAAAGCUGUAAAUAUUUCUUUAAAAUAAUUUGCCCUAAUUUGCUUAGCAAAUCUGCUAAAUAUAUUUUUUCCGAUCAAAAUUAUUUUGAUCUAUUUUGUUAUUUAAUUUUUUAAUCUAAAUUUAUUUUAUUAUAUUAUUUAACUAUAUUAUAUAUUCAAUAAUUAUUUUAUUAGUUUAAUAAUUAUUCAAUACCGCAAAUAUAUAUUGUUACCAAUCAAACAAUAUUUUGUACCACUAUUUACUUAAAACCGCAGUUGUACCGCACCACAUUCAAUUCCACACGAACUGCACUUGCACCGUACCGCACGAACUGCACUUGCAGCAUACCACACUUUAAUUCCAUAACGUUUUUAAUACCAAAUUUGCUGUCACCAUUCAAAUCCUAAGACUGCCAAAUCCGCAAGACUUAAUCAAUCAAAUAAAAAAAACAAAUCGAUUUAGAUAAUCUGCCUAUAUCUUUUAAAGAAGGCAAAUAUUGACUCUUAUCACGUUAGAUCUCAAGAAUGACUAGAAAAAAAAAAAACAAAACAAAACGCACUAUAUUAAACAGAGUUUGGAGUCUUUCAAUGAAAGAAGGUUGAUUAAAACAAAAGGAUUAUUCUAAAGUGGAAGUUAUUAUCCACAUACUGGAAGAAAAACUCCAGUACCGGAAUCUACAGUCGAAGAAGCAGUAGAAAGGUCUAACUAAAGUUGGAUUUAAACAAAUAAAACAAAAAGAGGGCUGGCGAUCCAGCGGGUGAUAAGUUUAAACAAAACUUAAAGAGAAGAUGGUGAUAAGUUUGUUAAGUUUCAUGGCCUUUCCAAUUUAAAACCAAUUGCAGGUACGUGAAGCGGUCAAGUCCUUAUAUAUUAAUUAUGUCUCUUUCAUAUUUCCAAUACGUGAUCUUAUCUCCAACAUCUUCUCUCGAGAUAAUAGUGUGUAUAACCAUUAAUCUCGACAUAAUCCAUUAUACCAACAAUGCUUCUUUUUUUAGCAAUCUCGGUAGAAUUAAUAUUUUGUAAGAUCAUGAAUUAGUGGGAUGACCGGACCACUGUCUGACCGAACUAAUGGGUCAGGAUGUCGGCUCGCUUUGUUAUCAUGAUAAGUUUCUUGAGCUCUCAACUUAAAACUUAUUGGUGGCAAGUAAAGUGAUCCAAGUUCCUUAUAUAUUACUUAUAUUCUUUUCAUAUUUCUAACUGGGAUCUUAUUUCCAAUAGAAGAAGUGUUUAGUUCUUGGGUUAUACUCACUAGGAGGCUAUUAUGCAAUAAAAAAAAUGUGAAGAAAUUACAUCUAAACCCGUAAAUAAAAAUUAUAGAUAUGUAACAAAGUUUUAAUCAAAACUGUGAUUUAAAAAUUUAUUAGGUGAUAUAUGUCACAUGAAUUACAUCUAAACCCGUAUCUCUGGUAUAUACUAUUAUAAUAUUAUUUGCAACAUGAUUUUUUUGCAUCUGAGCUUUCAAGUUAAAAAUUAGAGUGGUUAAUAUAAUUUAUAUUCUUAAUAAAUAAAAUAUAUAAAUUACCUACAAAAUUCAAAAUAAUUUAAAUUAUUUUGAUUAGAUAAGUGGUUAAAAUUAAUAAUAAUAAUUAUUAUUAUCCAAAAUCCAAAAACAUAUAUUAAAAUAAAAAGAUAAUUCCUAUAUAUACUGUAUUGUUAUUUAAAAAUAUUUUUUUAUAAAAACUUAAAAAAAAACAGAAAGAAAAAAUAACUUAAUGAAGUAAAAAAUUAUUACUUUUAUAUAUUGAAAAUGGAAUAUUGAGUGAUUUUUAAGAUUACCUAUUAAUAUUAAAUAAGUGUACAAAGAAAUUUCUUAAAAACUUAUACAUAAGAAUGUUCAAAUAAAAACAUAAAUAAUAAUUUGUUAAAAAGUAAAUAUAAUAAUAAUUUAUCAUUAUCAUUUUUUAAUUAGUAAAUAUGUAUUAAAGAAUAAUUACAAUGUUUAUGUCCACAUUGGCGGGCGAAAUACCUAAUACAUUAAAAAAAAACAACUAAGUAUUCAGAUUACUUAAAUAUCAUAAUCGGUUUUUUUAUAACGCUGAUUUAUUAUGACAUUACAUUGAUGAGAAAGAUUACAUAGAUGAUUCGACAACCGACAAUACUACCUGCUUUAUGAAGAUCUACGCCUAACUGCAUCAUCUGAGCCGUCCUAUGAAGAUCUAUUUAUGGCCAGAUUUUCUUCUGUAGUCUGCAUUAAUAAAUCGUUCUCUCCGGGACUUGAAACCUGGAUUCCUGUAAUCUGCAAGAAAUUGCAUAGUUUGGGAUUCGAACCUCAGACCUAGGUGUAAAAGCUUUUAAACCCUAACCAGUAAGUUACGGUGCUUCCACGUAUUAUAAUCGGUUUAAUCAAAAAAAAUUAAUAAUCAAUAUACUAGCUAAAUUAUAAUAGAUAUGUUGUUUUGUCUCUUUCAGUUUAAAGGCUCAUGAUCUUUCCAAUAUCAUUAGACGGAGCCUAUUGUUAUGGUAAGUGGUGGCUGUGCCUUCAGCCUUUGAUCGUUCACUGACAAAAAAAAACCAUUGUAAUGCCGAGAACCACAAAAUUAGGGACCUUCUAAUAUGUUCACACUUCGCAAUGUAGUGAUUUAAUUCAUGAUAACUACUGCUUAACCAACAUCGUGCUUAGAAAAUUAUAACUAUUGUAAUCAUUAUCUAAAAUUUUAAAAUUGAAAUACAAAAUUUAAACAACUCUCGUUUCACCUUGAUACUUAUCAACUUGUGCCAUUCAAUCUUAGCAAUAAAAAAAUAUCGGUGAAGCCUUCAUUAAUAGAUCUAGCUGAAGCCCAUUAAAAGUAUGAUGAUCAAAUAUAAUUUAUUUAAAUAACUAUGGUCGAUCCGUGCUACGCGCGGAAUUUUAUUUUUGUUAGUUUAAUUAUGUUCAAAUUACGAUGAAACAAAAAAGAAUUCAUGUUCAAAUUGUUUUUUGUGUUAAGACUUAGGUUAUACAAUCAUUGUUACUCGUUACUCAUGUGAAAUAUUUGUUUAUAUAAAAUAUUAUUAUAUUCAAUAUCAUAUUCGUUGUCGAUAAAUUUUUGUAACAUUAUGAUAGUUACAAUUGUUUGAAUAGAGUAAUGUUAGAUAUUAAUUUUUGUAAACUAAUUUUUGAAGUAUACUUACAUUGAUUAUGUAAUAGUUAUUACUUGUACUUUUCUAUAAUUUCCACACAAAAAUAUGUGAUUCACUCUUUUUCUGCAUGAGUUUUAAUAAAAUGUGUAAAAUAUCAUGAAUUAUUUUAAAUGAAAUUCUCUAUUUAUGUUUGAAACUUAUAUAUUUUAAAUUGUAGUAUAUAUUUUAUAAAAGAAAAUUAUUUUGACUAAAUUUUCCUCAAUCUAAAGUUUAAUAAUGCAUUGUACUCAGUAGUUCAAAAACAUUGAGCUAUACUUUAGAGCAUUAUGUAUAGUAACUCAAACUGUAUUGUUUUAUUAUAUUAUAUAAUUUUUUUCAAACUUAUUUUUUCCUUAUGUAUUAAUUUUCGGUUAAAGUUUUUUAUUAUUAUUUUAUUAAUUCUCUAAAUUUAUCUUGGUGAACAUAAAAUGAAAUAAAAUUUGGUGAAUUAGUAAUUUUUAUUUGUAUUGAUCUGAUGAAACGCGAAAAUUAUAAUGUAAAUUGAUUUCUCUUUUUAUUGUUCUUAUUAAUUUGCUCUUUUUAUUCAUAAGUUUUAUAUAUUUUUGCAUUAUUGUAUGUAUUUUCAAUUAAUUUAGAUGAUGACUAAAUUUUAGUUAAAUUCAACCUAAUUUAACUAAAUUUUAAUUUUUUGUUUGUUAUAUUUUGUAUGUUUUUGUUUUCAAAUUUAUUAUGAUUAAAAAUUAUGUUUUGAUUUUAAAUUAAUAAUUUAUUAUGGUUUUUGAUAUAUUUUAAAUAAUUUCUCUAAAGUUAAAUUUGGUAAGAAAAGAAGAAAAUUUUCCAAGAUUUUCUUUUUCCUUUUUGUUACCCUGAGUUCAAUGAAACAUAAAAAAAAAAAUUGUUUUCUAUUUUGUUUUUUAUGAAGGUUUUAUGUAUUUUGAAAUUUGUGUAUUUUUAAUUAUAUUAUGUAGUUAAUAAAUUAGCAUAUAUUCUCAGUAUGAUAAGUCCAAAAAAGUUGAUUGAAAAUAAACUACUAAUUACAAAAGAUUUAUAGGUUAUUAAAUAUUUUAUUAAUAGAUUUUAUCUAUAUACUAAAAUGAUGUAAAAAAUAUGAUAUAAUUAUUUUAAAAUUUGUAUUGACAAGUCAAAAUGGCCUAGUGCAAUUCUUGUUAGGUGGAAAGAUAUUUAUAUAAAAAAUUCACAUAUCAAUUUUACAUUUCACUGUAAACGGCAUCACCAGAAAAGAGUAAAUCCUUCUUUAUAUAUAAAAAUAUUCAGAGCUGGGCCAUGCUUCCAUAAAAAUUAUAAUUUCAAAUAGAUUAUAUACGUAUAAAUCUUUUAGUCAUCAUAUAAAGCCCAUAUUAGUUUUGUUGUUUUAUUAAUUUAGAUGGAUUAAACAACAUAACAAAUUAGUGGCCUAGUAAAUUUUUUUAAAAUCUAUACUAUACUAAAAGCCCUAUAUACUCAAUGGUGAGGCUGCCACGUCACCAAAAAUAAUCAGCCAAUGAGAGAUAACAUUUUUGCCAUGUCACUACUGCUUCCGGAAAAUGAAGCUCGAAACUAGACUUCCUUUUGGGCUGUCCCUACAUUUACGUACGGCCCAUAUCAAGUCCAAUAUUGCCUAGCUCUAACUUUGUCUGAAGCAUCUAGAGUUCAUCUUCCCGUCUCUUCCACUUCGUCUUCAACUCCGUUACUGCAAGCUCCUAUCAAUCAUUUAUGCUCUUUAAAUGUCUUCUCUAUUGUAAAUACCAAUUUAUCCAUUAAUCCAAGCAUUUAUGAAUUCUCCAUCACUAUUUCUACUCUCUCGCAUUAAAGUGGAAUUAGCAUCCUCCACCGUAGCUCCGCAUAUAAAUGGGUUCGUUGCCUGCGUUGGUAUUAUACGGUUUCUUUGAACACUCAGACUCCCAUUUCUUAAAUAAAAAUCAUGACAACAAAUCAGUGAUUAUAGUGACUAAAUGCCAGGUAGAAAAAUGGUUUUCAGAAAAUUACUACAUUUUCAUGUAAAACCUAAGAUACCAGAAUUGAUGAAAGUUAGGACAAAGAUUAUGUCAAGAGAUACAAAAUCAUAUAUAUAAAGAUAAAUAGAGAAUUAAUAUCAAUAUAUCGACCCUCAUAAUAAUUAAAAGAAAAUUAAUUUCAAAUUUAAUGUAUAUUUUUAUUUAUAAAAUAUUGGUAUUAACUAUAAAUAAUUUUAUACAUUUAGAAUAUUUCCACCCCUACCUAUUUCUUAUUAUAAAUUAGCAAAAUAACAAAUAAAAUUUAAAAUUAGAUAAAAAUACAUAAUAAAGGCCAAUACCAUAAUAUAACCUAAAAUGUAUAAAUUUCAAGAAUAAACAAUGCAAUAUUAAUGAAUUACAGUAGUUAAAAUGAGAUAAUUUGAGAACAAAUGGUUGCAGAAAGUUUAAAACAAACCAAAUAAAUAUAGAAAUAAUUGUAACACAUUAAAACUAAAAAUGAAAUUUAAAAAACACAAUAUCAGCAAAACGAAAUACAAUGUGAAUAGGAAAAUUGUCAAAUACACCACAUUCAUAAUGCCACUUUUCAUAUUUACACUAAUUAUUUUUACCUUCAUUUUUAAAAAAGAAAAAAAGACAUUUAUAACCAUAGAGUUAACUAAUCUAGACUUGGAGUUUAUAGUUGACGGAUGGGGUAGAGUUUUUGGAGUGUGAAAUUUAGGAUUCUAAUAAAUAUAUAAAUAAAUACUUAAAUAAUAUAAAAAACUUUUAGAAAAUAGUUUCAAAAAUCAUUUCAGUUUUCAAAAAUUCAAAAAAAUAAGUUCGAAUUUUAAAAGUAUAAUUUGAAACAUAAAUUUAUUUAUUUAUUUAUUAUAUAUAGAGAAAAUAAAUGUAUAAGAGUCUUUUGACUCUUAAUAAAGAACAUAUUUUUCAAGAUGUAUCUUUAUUAGUGGUAAACAUGAAUAAUUAUACCAAAAAAAUGGUAAACAUGAAAAUUUUCCAUGUGAAUAACACAAAUAUCAAAGUCAUACAACAUAAUCACAAAACAAACACAUCUUCUUUGACAUAUUUCAAAAUAAAGUAAUACACUACUAUCACUAAUCAAUUAUCAUAUGGAUCAAAACAAAUUUUAAAUUCAUUAGAAACUAAAACAUAAGAACCCGGCGCUGAACCCGGCGCGUAGCGCCGGAAUGCCACUAGUGUCCAUAAAACCAAGUACCUAACUCAAAGAGUUGGACAUUCGGAUUUUUUUUUGUGAGAAAACUUUUGUUUUAUCAAUGGUUUUAUCACUUUGUGUUUGAAAGUAUUUCUAUAAGUUUGUUUUUAUUAGUAUUUCUUUGUUGUGUAGCAUAUUGGUUUUUAUUUUGUUUCAAACUUCCAAAAUUUCAGGGCCAACCUUGUAAAUAUAUUGUUUAUUUUUUAUGACAUCAAACGGCUAUUCUAUUACUUAAAUUUGAGUUAGUCUUGGUAACCAAACCGAAAUAGAACAAUCAAUGUAACAAAUCACUUGACAACAAUUUCGUUUUGCUCCCUUGGAAUGUACGGAAUCUUGAAUUCCGGAAAGCGUAUCUGAUGAGUCUAAAUCACCUGCAGCUCUUUGAGAAACUUGGCCAAACUUGUGUUUCUUUUAUCAUUGCAAUUAGCUCUUUGCAACCCGUCCAAAACUUUUGCAGGACCGGGCCUGAAAAAUAUUGGCCCACAAGCAAGAAAAUAUUUUUGGCCCUUUUGUUUCAUAAAAACAGUGAAAAUAUUGAAAAUGCAGCUGGGAGAUUUGAUCCCGGGUCAAGUUCCACAGUGAGAGCAAAGUUACCAGUAGAGCUAUAUGGUUUCUUUGUUCAUUAUUGGCCCUUAAAACAUAUAUAUAUUUUUUCGGGCCCCAAGCACAUGCUUUAUGGGCUUCUAUUCAGGCCCGGCCCUGAACUUUUGACACGUCGAGUGUUGUAGCAUGCUUUCCAUAGCCCAUCUCAAUGUUUCUAUUUCUGUGUGCAACGAAUCUUCUCGCCUUCUUAGAUUUUGCGUCUCCAUUAAUUGAAUUUUCCCCAUACUACCCUUUCAAACUCAUCCACACUAGUGUAUUGAUCUGUAGAGGUCAUCAAUGAACCAUCUAUCAUACAAAUAUUACACAAACUUAGGACUUGGGGUUCAUCAAUAAAUUGUACUAGUGGAGUAAGAUAUUGUCUCAUUUGCAUUGAAUCAAUUUUGGCACUCAUUCUCUGCAUAUAUAUCUGACAAGUUCGAGAGGGUCUUUGUCUAUAUAUCUAAAUAUACUUUCUGCAUAUCUGUAUGUAUAUAUUGUUUAUAUAAAAAGCUUUUUGUCAACGUAGACAUUUAAAGCAUCGUGUAAGUAGCCAUUGUAGAAUGACAAUGACGCCAAGAAAUUUGGAACUCAAAAUCUGUGACUCAUUAAUUAGUACCAAUGAUAGGUAAAAAAAAUUUGCCUGUCUCUUUUUUCUUUGUCAGCUUUUGUUUUCACCUAUCUCUACAUAACGUUAAAGUCUCAUCCUAUUUUUCAUCUGGUACAUCAAAUUCUCUUAACCACGAGACAUUCGUUUUCCAUUUUCCCAAAAUAAAAAAUACCCACUCAAAAGUCAAAACAAAACAAAACAAAAUUUGCAACAUUUAAUUUGAACUUUAUUCAAAAUGACUUCGCAUGUUGAAGAAAUUGAAGAAGAGGAAAUAUCAAAAAUUGAGAAAGGCAAAGGCAAAGAUUGCCAUCGAGGAAUCGAAACAGUCAUUUGUACUUCUCCCACCACUGUUUGCCUCACUCAGAAGUUGAUAGCAGAGAUGAUUGGGACGUAUUUCUUAAUAUUCGCUGGAUGUGGGGUGGUGGUAGUGAAUGUGUUGUACGGUGGAACAGUGACAUUUCCAGGGAUAUGUGUUACUUGGGGUCUCAUUGUUAUGGUCAUGAUUUACUCUACAGGUCACAUUUCCGGUGCCCAUUUUAAUCCUGCCGUGACCCUCACUUUUGCCGUGUUCCGGCGGUUCCCCUGGUAUCAGGUACCAUUGUAUAUAGGUGCACAACUUACGGGAUCGUUACUAGGGAGUUUGACACUGAAACUAAUGUUCCAUGUGACACCAGCAGCUUACUUUGGAACAAUUCCGUCUGAUUCAGCGGCACAAGCGCUCGCUGCUGAGAUCAUUAUCUCAUUCCUCCUUAUGUUUGUUAUCUCCGGCGUUGCCACUGAUAAUCGAGCGGUCGGAGAAUUAGCUGGAAUUGCGGUGGGGAUGACUAUAAUGUUGAACGUCUUCGUGGCUGGACCGGUUUCGGGAGCAUCGAUGAAUCCAGCAAGAAGUCUAGGACCAGCGAUAGUGAUGGGAGUGUAUGAUGGACUUUGGAUUUACAUUGUUGGUCCUCUUGUCGGAAUUAUGGCCGGAGGUUUUGUUUAUAACCUUAUAAGAUUUACGGAUAAGCCACUUAAAGAGCUUACUAGGAACGGUUCUUUUCUCCGUUCUGCUUCUCCAAAACACAAAACAUCUACUUCUAAAAGCUAAUAUUUUGUACUCUCUUGGUCAUAUCUUAUUUUGUCAAACUUUUCCUCUUGGAUACUUGUAUAUGUUAUAUAUUAAAACAGAAUUCACAACCUUGAUUCAUGUGUGAUAUUUUUAAAAAUAAACC